UCAAUAAUUAUUUUGAAGAGCAAACUUGCUGAAUGUUGGGUCGUUUGCUGCCUUUCCUUUUUAUGAACAAAUUAAACCAAAUCUGCAAAACCAACUCCUCCCUUUUCUUCCCUCAAAUGUCCAGCCAGACUACACCACUUGUUCCAAAGAUUCUCCCUCAGAAGAACCUUCCUUCCUUCGUCAGUUUUGAUUAGCAUCAGGAUUUUGGGAAAUGCAUGUUGUUUAAUGGUACUACAUGGAACAUUACCAAUAGCAACUCUUAAGCAUAUGAGACAACAGUGAAUUACUGUAUGCGUAUUUAACAAAUUUAAACAACAAGUAAAAUUUGUGUUGAAUAUUAGAUUCAUACAUCAGCAGUGAAAUCUGUUUGUAGUCCUUCAAGAUUUUGUACUUAACUUUUUAACAGAUUUAUUCAGUAAUUAUUUGUAAACAAUUUUAUGUUAAGAGUUGUGAAUUGAACACAUUGUCAUUACAGAACAGGACAGGACAUAAGGCUAAAAUGAAUCCAAAACAUUCUUUAAAAUUUCCUUUGAAAAGUGAAACUGAAGGUGCAUUAUCACUACCUUCCAUAAAUCAAGAAAACGUCAACAUGGCUGCCUUUAGUGGAACGAGUGAUGGAGACUUUUUGUCUCUGGGUCCAUUGAUGGACAUCAAAAUAGAGCCAGAGGAAUUCUGUGAGUCUAAUGAAGAAGAUGAAUAUUCAUAUGAAAUGAAUUCAAUAGUGAAUGAAAAACAUCAACAAACUUGCAAAAAGGAUGUAAAACAAGAAAGAAGGGUCCGUGACAAUGGAGAGAAGCCUUUCAUAUCCAAUGGCUGUGAGAAAGCAAUUUACAAGAAAGUUAAUCUUACAAAUAAUAUCACAAAUCCUACCAGAGAGAAAUUCAUAUGCAAUGAGUGUGGGAAAGCAUUUUCCUUGAAACGUAAUCUUAUAAUUCAUAUGAAAAUCCAUACUGGAAAGAAGCCAUUUAUGUGCAAGGAAUGUGGGAAAGCAUUUUCCCAUAAACAAAGUCUUAAAGUUCAUAUGAGAUUACAUACCGGAGAAAAACCAUUCAUUUGCAAGGAAUGUGGGAAAGCAUUUUCCCAGAAACCACAUCUUACAAUUCAUAUGAGAACCCACACUGGAGAGAAGACAUUCGUGUGCAAGGAAUGCAGGAAAGCAUUUUCCCAUAAACUAAGUCUUAAAGUUCAUAUGAGAUUACAUACUGGAGAAAAACCAUUCAUUUGCAAAGAAUGUGGGAAAUUAUUUUCCCAGAAAUCACAUCUUACAAUUCAUAUGAGAACCCACACUGGAGAGAAGCCAUUCGUGUGCAAGGAAUGUGGAAAAGCAUUUCCCAGGAAAGAUCGUCUUACAAUUCAUAUGAGAAUCCACACUGGCGAAAAUCCAUUCAUAUGCAACGAAUGUGGAAAAGCAUUUUUCCAGAAACAAAGUCUUAAACUUCAUAUGAGAUUACAUACUGGAGAAAAACCAUUCAUUUGCAAGGAAUGUGGAAAAGCAUUUUCCCAUAAACUAAGUCUUAAAGUUCAUAUGAGAUUACAUACUGGAGAAAAACCAUUCAUUUGCAAGGAAUGUGGGAAAGCAUUUUCCCAGAAACCACAUCUUACAAUUCAUAUGAGAACCCACACUGGAGAGAAGACAUUCGUGUGCAAGGAAUGUAGGAAAGCAUUUUCCCAUAAACCAAGUCUUAAAGUUCAUAUGAGAUUACAUACUGGAAAAAAACCAUUCAUUUGCAAGGAAUGUGGGAAAGCAUUUUCCCAGAAACCACAUCUUACAAUUCAUAUGAGAACCCACACUGGAGAGAAGACAUUCGUGUGCAAGGAAUGUAGGAAAGCAUUUUCCCAUGAACUAAGUCUUAAAGUUCAUAUGAGAUUACAUACUGGAGAAAAGCCAUUCAUUUGCAAGGAAUGUGGGAAAGCAUUUUCCAAGAAACAAAGUCUUAAAGUUCAUAUGAGAUUACAUACUGGAGAAAAGCCAUUCAUUUGCAAGGAAUGUGGGAAAGCAUUUUCCCAUGAACUAAGUCUUAAAGUUCAUAUGAGAUUACAUACUGGAGAAAAGCCAUUCAUUUGCAAGGAAUGUGGGAAAGCAUUUUCCCAGAAACCACAUCUUACAAUUCAUAUGAGAACCCACACUGGAGAGAAGCCAUUCGUGUGCAAGGAAUGUAGGAAAGCAUUUCCCAGGAAAGAUCGUCUUACAAUUCAUAUGAGAAUCCACACUGGAGAGAAUCCAUUCAUAUGCAACGAAUGUGGAAAAGCAUUUUCCCAGAAACAAAGUCUUAAACUUCAUAUAAGAUUACAUACUGGAGAAAAGCCAUUCAUUUGCAAGGAAUGUGAUAAAGCAUCUUCCCAGAAACAAAGUCUUAAAGUUCAUAUGAGAUUACAUACUGGAGAAAAGCCAUUCAUUUGCAACGAAUGUGGAAAACCAUUUUCCCAGACUCCAAACUUAAACGUCAUAUGAGAUUACAUACUGAAGAGGAAAAAGAAACAAUAUGAUAAAGUAAACCAUUUAAGGCAGAGAUUUCUCAAAUGACCAACUAUAUGACAGAUCAAUAUCACUUAAAAAAUCUGCUCAAAAAAUAAGGAAAAUAAAGAAUAAUACAGAAUAGGGGAUGAACAAUUGAGUGGAAAAUUGGCACUAGUAAAGGCCCUAGCUGCACAAAUGAGAAACAAAUAACAGGAGAUAAAAGCAAAACAGAUAAAUAGGCAGUUUGGUGAAAAUCCAAAGAUUGAUUAUAGAAACAUGAAAGAAACAGUGGAGGUACGAACACCACCAAGCAAGGAAGACCUAGAGAGAUUUUGGAAGCCACUGUUUGAAGACCCUAGACAACACCAAGAGAAUUCAUGGAUUGACACCAUUAGGCAGAAGAACAGCCAGAAACAGCAAAUGCCACCAGUAAGCUUCAUCACAGAAAAAGUAACAAAACUAAAAGAAUAUAUUCAUUUCAAGACCCCAAGAAUAGGCAAGAUCUAAAAUUUCUGGCUUAAAAAGAUCACAGCACUACACCACACAUAAGUGCAAGCCUUUUCAAGAAUAGUGAAAGGAGAAGAAUCACCAGAGUGGCUCACAACAGGAAGAACCAAUCUUCUCCCUAAGAGCUCUGAGACUGAGCUCCCUAACAAAUAUAGGGUCAUCUGCUGUCUAUGAACAACCUACAAAUGGGUCACAGGAGUCAUAGCAGACGGGAUAUAUGAAAUACAAGAAAAUGAGAGAAAAGACAGAGAAAGAAUACAUCAGCUGCUGAAAGAAGAUACGUAAGUCAGAAUUAACAUCAAAGAACAAGAUCACUGCCAUAAACCAGCUGGUAAUACCACUGGUGACAUAUGGUUUUGGCAUUGUAGACUGGCCACAAGGAGAGUUAGACAGGAUGGAUAUUAAAACCAGGAAGAUUCUCACCCUACACAAAGUCACAUACAGACACCAGUGUGUGGACAGAAUAUAUCUUCCUCACAGAGAAGGUGGAUUAGGCCUGACUCAGAUCAACCAGGCCUACAGAGCAACAAUAGUAAGUAUAGGUUGCCCAACACCAAAAUGGAGCCCUGAGACAACUAACAUCAAUAACAAAACAGUCUAAGAACUUUGCAGGAGAUCUGAUAGAAGACAGAGGGUACUGAACAGACUCCAGCAAAAACGAUAGCCAGGAAGACCAAGCAGAAAUACAGUCACAGAGAGGAGAGACUUCGAAUGGAAAGGUAGAAAGACAAUGGAAGAGCAGGAAGAUUUCAAGAACUGGAAAAAAGUUUCAUAGACAACAAAAGAGUCACUCAGAUGUAUAAGAAAUGGAGAUCUAGGUUAUGAUGGAGAAAGACUGAUAAUAGGAGCACAAGAUCAAGGCUUCCUAACAAAGAGCUUCAAGAAAAUGCCAAGCAUAUUAGCAAAUGAUCCAUGUAGGUUUUUUCAAGAAGUGAUUGAGUGUUAGUCAUCUGAUAUCAGCCUGCAAGACUGCUUGCAGAUGGUCACUACACAGCCCACCACAACAAAAUGUGUAAAGUAUACAGAAUUGAAGUGAAAGGAAAAGUGUAGGAGCAUGAACAAUAUCCAGUCACCUCCAAUAAGGCUGUUGCCAUCUUUUAUGACAAGGAAAUUCCAACAGGAAGAUAUAUAUAUAUAUAGAAGGAGGUGCUAUGAGACCUGAUGCUGUGAUCUGGAACAAGGAAUAAACAGCAAAGAUUAUAGAUGUGACAGUACCCAGUGACUUUGGCCUCAAUAGAGCUGAAAGGCAUAAAAUAACAAAAUAACAAGACCUGAAGAAUGACCUGAAAAGCAUAUGGGAACUGAAGGAAUAGAAAAAAAUACCUUUGGUGGUAGGAGCAAUAGGACUUAUAAAGAAAAAUCUGAGAAAAUAUCUUCAGGGUAUACGAAAUUACCCAGUAUAAAUGAGGUGUAAAUUGCUGCCCUCAAAGCAAUGGUAAACACCGAGAUACUAGCCCAACCAUAGACCCCAGGCUGGGGUCCAUUGCACCCCUGAUGUAAAUUGAAAAUUAAGAAUAACAUUAGCCAGAGGGAAACCAUAUAGUUGCUCUUUAUGUCAAAGAAGUUUUUCUCAAACAAGUCCUCUCAAAAGACAAGAUAAUUCACACUAGAUAGAAGCUGUUUACUUGAUCUCUGUCCAAGUAGUUUUUAUUACAUGAUUUUAUUUAACUUGACUCUUGUGUCUGUUUUGAAUGAAGGUGUCGCAAAAGGUGUGUAAAAACUCAUGCUAGAAAGAAGUCAUAUCCUGUAUCUGCACUUGGUAUCCAAGACGUUUUUUUUUUCAUUUUCAUUAGGUUCAUCUUAGAAUGAAUGUGUUAACUCAGAAGAAAGACGAUGUUGAAACAGUUUUUCUCUGGUAGACUCAUAACACAUGUGAGCACUCAUGGAGGAUAAAUAUUGUUCUUUUACACUGCAUGUUGUACUUUUAUCUUGUAUUCUGCAAAUCACAGUCAUUGGUUCUGAAUGCUAGACUGUUUUUCAGGUGUCAAAAUGCACAAGCAAAGAGUGCAUCAGAGAGGAUGUUCAGUUGCACUGACAGAUUUGUUAAUGUUUUCCACCCCAAAGUAAGUUGCACUUGAUGUGGAGAUAAUUAUUGUGAACUUGUCUGCAAAAUCUAUAGAAAAAGACAACAGCAACCUAAGGGAUGAUAAAAAGAAAAACCUCAUUUAUAUUUUUAUGAUCCAAUUCAUGACCAUCAUCAUUGCUGUUACUCAAAGAAGAGAAGGAGAAUCUGGAGGAGGGUCUCACUGAAAAUGCAGAUGAAGGCUC